AUGCCACCAAAGGAGGAUUGGGAGAAGUACAAGGCUCCUGCUGAGGAAGACAAGGAAAAGAGCAAUGAUGAAAAGAACACUCCGCUGACAGAGGGUGAUAUUCAAGUGUUGAAGACUUAUGGUGCAGCUCCCUACGCUGGAAAGUUGAAAGAGACUGAGAAGGAUCUUAAGGACAUAGAGAAUAGGAUCAAGGAGAAAGCUGGGGUGAAGGAGAGUGAUACAGGUUUAGCACCUUCUCACCUUUGGGAUAUAAUGGGUGAUAGACAACGAUUGAGUGAAGAACAUCCCCUGCAAGUAGCUCGUUGUACUAAGAUUAUAAGAAGUAAUGGCGAAGGCGAGAGUCGGAACGAAGAUGGACUGGAUACAGCAACCCUUGCGAGAAACGGGUUAGACUCUAAUGAACCUCGUGAGACAGAAGAAGGUGAUGACGAUGAGGAUGCAAAGUAUGUUAUCAAUUUAAAACAAAUCGCGAAGUUUGUGGUAGGACUGGGUGAACGUGUAUCUCCAACCGAUAUUGAAGAAGGUAUGAGAGUCGGUGUUGAUAGAUCCAAGUAUCAUAUUGAGUUGCCCUUGCCUCCAAGAAUUGAUCCUUCAGUGACAAUGAUGACAGUGGAAGAGAAGCCAGACGUUACGUAUAGUGAUGUGGGUGGUUGUAAGGAGCAAAUUGAAAAACUAAGAGAAGUGGUUGAAUUACCACUACUAUCGCCAGAGAGAUUCGCCGCUCUGGGGAUCGAUCCACCAAAAGGUAUACUGCUGUAUGGACCUCCCGGUACCGGUAAAACUUUGUGUGCUCGAGCAGUGGCAAAUAGAACAGAUGCGACUUUCAUUAGGGUUAUUGGUUCAGAAUUGGUUCAGAAAUACGUUGGUGAAGGUGCGAGAAUGGUGAGAGAACUAUUUGAGAUGGCCAGAACGAAGAAGGCAUGUAUCGUGUUUUUCGAUGAAAUUGAUGCCAUUGGUGGUGCCCGUUUUGAUGAUGGAGCUGGUGGAGAUAAUGAGGUGCAAAGAACUAUGCUGGAACUUAUUACGCAAUUGGAUGGUUUCGACCCUCGUGGUAAUAUCAAAGUCAUGUUCGCAACUAAUAGACCUAACACAUUGGAUCCUGCACUGCUAAGACCAGGUAGAAUUGAUCGUAAAGUGGAAUUUUCAUUGCCUGAUUUGGAGGGUCGUGCAAAUAUUUUCCGUAUUCACACCAAAUCAAUGAGUGUAGAGAGAGGAAUUAGAUGGGAACUUAUUUCAAGACUAUGCCCGAACUCUACUGGUGCAGAAUUGAGAUCGGUUUGUACAGAAGCAGGUAUGUUUGCCAUUAGAGCUAGGAGGAAAGUUGCCACCGAGAAAGAUUUCUUGAAAGCUGUUGAAAAGGUUAUCAACGGUUAUAAGAAGUUUAGCUCUACUUCUCGUUACAUGCAAUAUAACUGA